AAAGUCGAGUGCCGUGGGGAAAGGAACUGCCGGGUUCCUUAGGGGUCAUCAGAGACAUACAGAGAGACAAGAACAGACCGCCACCGGAAAGGAUUUAGUGUUUCGGAGCAGCGUGGGAAUCGGGUUUGCUAGAAACGUCGCGUCCCGCCCAGCCUGUUGAGCAGGUAGACAGGAAGGAGCCCAGUGUGAGCUCUGCGGCCUCGUGUGCGGUGGCUGCACUCACGCAGGGACCAACAGGUGCCACCGCAGAGUCCCCUCUCCCGCCUCCCGCCCUUGACGCCCACUUUCUCUCUGCGUUUACAGUGAGGAUUUGCGAGGCGCGCCUUUGAGCUGCUGGAGAUCCAGAAACAAAGCCCCGAGCUCUAGGAGGCCACCGAACACCCUAGUCACCAGUGCCCUUGAUCUGACAGUGGCUUCUGUUUGUCAGUCCCACGUAAGAAAAACUGUUCCCCAGGAGGAGAUCCACAGCAAGGUGAGGCCACCAACGCCAUGUUCUGUACGAAGCUGAAGGAUCUCAAGAUCACAGGGGACUGUCCUUUCUCCUUACUGGCACCAGGGCAGGUUCCUAAAGAGCAAGCAGAGGAAGCAGCAGGAAGCUCAGACAGCUGCCAAGCCACUCUGCCCAUCUGUCAGGAUGUUUCUGAGAAGAAUGCACAAGGAAGUCUUCCCCAAAGGAAGACCAGUCGGACCCGUGUCUAUCUCCACACUUUGGCAGAGAGCAUUUGCAAACUGAUUUUCCCAGAGUUCGAGCAGCUGAGUCUUGCACUUCAGAGAACACUGGCAAAACACAAAAUCAAAGCAAGCAGAAAAUCUGUGGAAAGAGAAGACUUUGAGAAAAUAAUUGCAGACCAAGCACUUGCAGCAGGAGUUCCGGUGGAGACCAUCAAAGAAUCUCUCGGGGAAGAGCUUUUUAAAGUAUGUUAUGAGGAAGAUGAACACAUCCUGGGGGUAGUUGGAGGAACCCUCAAAGAUUUUUUAAAUAGCUUCAGCACCCUUCUGAAGCAGAGCAGCCACUGCCAAGAAGCAGAAAAGAAGGGCAGGCUCGAGGAUGCCUCCAUUCUCUGCCUGGAUAAAGAUCACGAUUUCUUAAAUGUUUACUAUUUCUUCCCUAAGAAGGUCACAUCCCUGAUUCUUCCCGGCGUCAUUAAGGCAGCUGCUCACAUCCUGUACGAAACCGAAGUGGAAGUGUCGUUAGUGCCUUCCUGCUUCUGUAAUGAUGGCAGCGAGUUUGUUAAUCAGCCCUAUUUGUUAUACUCCGUUCAUGUCAAAAGCACCAAACCAUCCCUGUCCCCAGGCAAACCCCAGUCCUCGCUCGUCAUUCCUGCUUCUCUCUUCUGUAAGACAUUUCCAUUCCAUUUCAUGUUUGACAAAGAUAUGACAAUUCUGCAAUUUGGCAAUGGCAUCAGGAGACUGAUGAACAGGAGAGACUUCCAAGGAAAGCCUAAUUUUGCAGAGUAUUUCGAGAUUCUGACUCCCAAAAUCAGCCAAACGUUUAGUGGAAUCAUGACUAUGUUGAAUAUGCAGUUUGUGGUCCGUGUGAGGAGAUGGGACAAUUCUGUGAAGAAAUCUUCAAGGGUUAUGGACCUCAAAGGCCAAAUGAUCUACAUCAUUGAAUCCAGUGCGAUCUUGUUCUUGGGCUCACCCUGUGUGGACAGGUUAGAAGAUUUUACAGGACGUGGGCUCUACCUCUCAGACAUUCCGAUUCACAAUGCACUGAGGGAUGUGGUCUUGAUAGGAGAACAGGCCAGAGCACAAGAUGGCCUGAAGAAGAGGCUGGGCAAGCUGAAGGCCACCCUUGAGCAAGCCCACCAAGCCCUGGAGGAAGAGAAGAAGAAAACAGUGGAUCUUCUUUGCUCUAUAUUUCCCUGCGAGGUUGCACAGCAGCUGUGGCAAGGGCAAGUUGUGCAAGCGAAGAAGUUCAGUAAUGUCACCAUGCUUUUCUCAGACAUUGUUGGGUUCACGGCCAUCUGCUCCCAGUGCUCCCCGCUGCAGGUCAUCACCAUGCUCAAUGCCCUCUACACGCGCUUUGACCAGCAGUGCGGAGAGCUGGAUGUCUAUAAGGUGGAGACCAUUGGUGACGCAUAUUGUGUGGCUGGGGGAUUACACAAAGAAACUGAUACCCACGCUAUUCAAAUAGCUUUGAUGGCCCUAAAGAUGAUGGAGCUCUCUGAUGAAGUCAUGUCUCCCCAUGGCGAACCUAUCAAGAUGCGAAUCGGACUGCAUUCUGGGUCGGUUUUUGCUGGAGUUGUUGGAGUUAAAAUGCCCCGUUACUGUCUUUUUGGAAACAAUGUCACUUUGGCUAACAAAUUUGAGUCCUGCAGUGUACCACGGAAAAUCAAUGUCAGUCCAACAACUUACAGAUUACUCAAAGAUUGUCCUGGUUUUGUGUUUACCCCUCGAUCAAGGGAGGAACUUCCACCAAACUUCCCCAGUGAAAUUCCUGGAAUUUGUUAUUUUCUGGAAUCUUAUCAACAAGGAACAAAUUCAAAACCGUGGUUCCAAAAGAAAGAGGUUGAAGAUGGCAAUGCUAAUUUUUUAGGCAAAGCAACGGGAAUAGAUUAGGAAAAUAUGUCCACGAUUAUUAGUCUUUGGGGGUUGACUCCUUAGAGCAUGUGUGGAAUCUCUGAAAGCACUUUAGGAAGCAGAUGGCUAAAGAGCAGUAUUAAAAUUUCAGGAGAUAAGUCACCAUCUACUUUUUCUUCCACUUAACAUGACAAAACACUUACUUUAAUAAUUCAACUCUUCAGUGAAAUUAAAAAACAAAGAAACCUCGAAAAGUGACUUUUGGGGAUGUAUCUAUUAUAUAACAAUCACUUAUUUAGCACAUUGUACAUAAUAUAUCAGGCAUUUGUAGUGACCUGUACAAUGUGAUGGAGUCACUUGCAAUAUUGUGUCCUGGUGGAAUGCCAUGGUUAUUAAAGUGUAUUUGUGAUAGUGUUGCCUUAAAAAAGCUUUUGAAUAGAAAUUAUAAUCUUCAGUACCGUAAGUUCUUUGACUCUUUCAACUCUGCCUUUUAUUACCUCAUUUAAUUUUUAGCAUAUAUAACAAAAUAGAUUAAGUUUUUUGUUCCUGUUGCACUUUUCUUUCUUCUUUUUAUUGCUUUAAGAAUAUAAGCAAUUAUGGGUUAGAUGCAAUGUGAAUAUAAAAUAGAUCUUAUGUAAAUAUCAAAGAUUAUUUUAUAAAAAUAUUCUCCAUAACGUGAUGUGUCAUUAACAAUAAAUACUUCUUUUUGUUUGACUUUUCUUUUUUAUUCUAUACAUGGUGAAAGCUAUUUUAAUUCAUAUUAGCAAUUUAAUUCCUAUUAAUUCAUUUUUGCAUUAUAGUAUUUAGGAUAAAAGAGGCUUACAGCCUAUGUUGAAAUGCAAUAAUACCAUUCUAGUUAAUUUAACCAGAAGCAACAUGAGAGUAAGUAAGCAUUCAGGUUAAAUUCCAGAAAGUACAGAAACAAAAUAUUUACACACACACACACACAAACACACACACACACACACACAAAACACACA